CCGCAUUUGAAAUGACAGAAGAAGAAAUGUAAACGACAGUUAGCACAAGAAUGAUAUUAGCCGGAUCAUGUUGUGGGGCGUAAUUGUUAAAGAUGGAUAAAAAGAAGAAACCAUUUGACGUGACUGCCUCUUCUCUUGUGGACCUUAAAGCUGAACUCUACAGAAAGCAGGAACAGUUCAAACAGGAAAAACUUGGACAAGAAUCUUCUGGUUCUGGAUUUACAACAAAAUCCAAAAAACCUAACAUAUGGAGCAAACAAAAUGCUGGUGUUGCAGCCAGAGCAGAGAAAGAUGCGGAGCAGCUGGCCGAGGAGCAGAACAGCCUGGAGACAUCAAGACGGAAACUGGAGGAGAAGGCCAAACUCUAUGAACAAAUGACAAAAGGAGAUUUUCCAGAUGAAGAGACAGAGGGACUGUUCCUGGUUGAUUUCACCCAAAAGAUUAUUGACAAAAAAAGAGAGACACUUGCAAAAUGCGAAAUAAAGACAGAAGACGAAGAGAGACAUGACUUGUCUCUUAUCCCUCCUCCUCAAAACCCAGGCGAGGAAUGGGUUGAUUACGUGGACUCUCUGGGCAGAUCCCGAAGGUGCAUGAAGAAAGAUCUGCCAGGUUUUCAGAAAAUGGACCAAGACCUCACAGGAAAAGCAAAAGCUUCAUCGGACAAGACGUUGCUGUCAGAGGACAUGCGGCGAGAGCUUCAGAGGCAGGAGUGGGAGAGGGAGGAAGAGGAGGCUAUGAAGAGGCCUGUUGGUCCGAUCCACUAUGAAGAUAUCAAAGGACAAGAGGCUCGAGAACUCGGUGUGGGUUACUUUGCAUUCGCUCAGGAUGAGGAGCAGCGCAGGAAGCAGAGAGAGACUCUGGACAUGCUCAGAGACCAGACAACAGAGCAGCGCAAUAAGAGGGAACAGCUGAAGGACAAGAGGCAGGCCAUCCUACAGGCCCGGCUGGCCAAGGUUAGGCAGAGAAAGAUGAAGAAGGCCAAGCUGGACGGGGCUGAGGAUGAGCACAUAGAGGAAGAGAAAGAAGGAGAGGAAGUAGAAGAUGAACCCAUAGGACCUGCUCCUCCAUCUGAGGACGUCCCGGAGGUCAGCAUAUUAAAGAAAGUGGAAGUGGAGAUACAGGAAAGGAAAGACACAAAACCAGGAGUUCCUCAUGUCAGAGAAUGGGACAGAGGAAAAGAGUUUAUGUUCAGUGAGUGGAAAUCUCGGCGACGUGAUGAGAGAGACUCAGAAUUUGCACCUCCCUCUGCGUACUUCGCUGAACACAUCAGACAAAAACCAGAGAGGAGCAAAACUCAAGAGAAUAAAUCUAAGAUACCCUUCAAGUGGAACAAAGGCUCAGGAGGAGUGUCCGACAGCAAUGAGGAGCCCCAGUCUCUGCCUGAAACUGCUCCAUCUCCUCCCCAGCCUCAACAGAAACCUCCUGCUCCUUCACAACCACCAACCUCGUGGCAGCCACCACCCUCAAAUCAGCCAGCAAAUUCAGCUCCUGCUUUUACUCCCCAUUAUCCCCCUCCAAUGUUUUAUCCCCCCUUUCCUCCUCCUCCUUUUACUGGACCGCCUCCUCCUUUUCCAACACUGUAUCCAAACCAGUAUCCACCUCGCUAUCCUCCACAGUUUCAGCCUCAGCAGCAGAGCCAGCCUCAGCCUCAGGAGACCCCCCAGCCUACAAACGAUAGUCAGGCCCAGCCACCUGCACAGAGUCUAGACGACAUGUUGUCCUUCUACAGAAACUCUUCCUGAACUCUAAAACAUCCCAUUUACUGUGCUCUGUGAAGUUUUAGUCUUUAAUAAAUAUGUGGAAUUUAAUUGGA